CUUUCUCUUUCUCUCUCUCUCUCUCUCUGUCUCUGUCUCUUGGGCUCCGCGAAAUCCGUGCCGAUAUCGCCUAAACUCGUCCGAGCCCAGCUCACUUCCGAUCCGCGCCGAGUCACCCGCCAUGUCGGACGAGGAGCACCACUUCGAGUCCAAGGCCGACGCCGGAGCCUCCAAGACCUAUCCUCAGCAGGCCGGCACGAUCCGCAAGAACGGAUACAUCGUCAUCAAAGGACGUCCUUGUAAGGUGGUUGAAGUUUCCACAUCUAAGACUGGGAAGCAUGGUCAUGCCAAGUGUCACUUUGUUGCAAUUGAUAUUUUCAAUGGAAAGAAGCUUGAAGAUAUUGUCCCCUCAUCCCAUAACUGUGAUGUUCCCCAUGUCAAUCGUACCGACUACCAGCUUAUUGACAUCUCUGAGGAUGGAUUUGUGAGUCUGCUGACUGAAAAUGGGAACACCAAGGAUGACCUGAGGCUCCCAACUGAUGAUAAUUUGCUGUCUCAGAUCAAGGAUGGUUUUUCUGAUGGAAAGGACCUGGUGGUGUCUGUGAUGUCUUCCAUGGGAGAAGAACAGAUCUGUGCUCUUAAGGACAUUGGCCCGAAGUAAUAACAGCAUGGUGGUCUUCGUACUUCAAUUUAAAGAUUCUCUAGCAAAUUUUUCCAAGGAUGCUAUAGAUAUUAUGUUAAGGUGAUAUAUUCUUUUGGGUUCUGGUUGUGGAAGUGUAUUUGAGGUGAGACCUGUAUUAGAUUUAAGAUACUCUACUUUGGACUGCAUUGUGUCAGGGUACUAUUCAGCUGAUGACCAUCUGGAACAAGAUGGGCAAAUCUGCCAAAGAGUUGAAACAGACUUUUGUUAA